CUUGAAGCACGCAAUAAAACGGAAUGUUACAUAACAAAAGAAUGCAAACUCGCAGUCAAGCCUACCUUUAACCUACUUUCUAGAUUGCUCCGGAUCACUGACUUCUGUAAUCCAUCGCAUUCGUCCCCAAUUUUCGCGUUCUUAUCAUACUAAACAAAACAACUGCUAAAAUUAAUCGCACCAUAACUGAUGAUCCCCCGUGGGCCUCUUCCGAAAAUAAAAAUCAUCAGGUUUCUGUCAGUCAAUAUGUGUACGCAGCAAUUAUUUAUAUUUUUCCACUGAUAAGACUAACGACGGAUCACGCAAAACGAGCCUUCCUAUCACGCUACUUGCGAGCAGUUCAUCAGUGACGAUUCGAUCGUCGAUCAUUGCGUAGAAAAAAAGAACCAUGCUCGUCACAGUGGGAUUGCUCCUGACGGCCUUCGCUGCUCUGUACCUGUAUCUUACGUGGCAUUUUGAUUACUGGAAGAAACGUAAUGUUCCGGGACCGGAACCUCUGCCGCUGGUGGGAAACUUCCCCGCGUUCUUCCGAAGGAACCGACCCGUGAUGGAAGAGAAGUAUCAGAUUUACAAGGACUACUGCUCCAAGUACAAUUUUGUUGGCAUUUUCACAAAUCGAUCGCCGCAGAUCUUCAUCACAUCGCCGGCUUUGGCGAGAGAUAUUUUGGUGAAGUAUUUCAAAAACUUUCACGAUAAUGAAAUUGGAUUGAUCACCAACAAAGAAUUGGAUCCACUUUUUGGGAGAAAUCCUUUUGUGCUCAAUGGAGCUGCGUGGAAAGCAAAACGUGCGGAAAUUACACCCGCGUUUACUGCUUCUAGGAUCAAAGCUCUUUAUGUGUCCGUAGAAAAUGUGUGCGCUCAAAUGACCAAAUACGUCAAAGAGCAUUGCGAAUCACCGAUAGAAAUGAAAGAACUUGGCGAUAAAUUUACUACAGAUGUUGUAUCCAGCUGUAUCUUCGGAGCCGAUGCUCAAUCAUUCAUACACCAAGAUGCCGAAAUUCGCGAUAUGGGAAGCAAGUUGAUGGAUUCAUCGCUUUCGUUUGCGCUGAAGAUGGCCGUCAUGACUGUUCUCCCGAGUGUUGCCAAGAUAGCCAACAUGAGCUUAGUGUCUAAGCCUAGGGAAAAGUUUUUCAUCAAAUUGAUGGCUGAAGCAAUUCGUCACCGAGAAGAAAGCAACGAAAAGUACCUGGAUUUUCUAGAUUAUUUGAGUAUGCUGAAGAAAGAGAAGAACAUAACCGAACUAGACAUGGCUGCUCACGGAGUGACAUUCUUCCUGGAUGGAAACGAGACUUCGAGUGCCACCCUUUCGCUAAACCUAUACGAAUUGGCUAAACAGCCAGAAAUCCAGAAGCGUCUGAGAGAAGAACUCAUGAAUGCAACCAACGAUGAUGGCACUAUUUCUUACGAAACACUUUCGGAGCUACCGUUCCUGGAGCAGGUGUUCAGUGAAGGACUUCGCCUGUGGCCUCCGGUAACCUUCAUGUCCAAAGUAUGCACCGAUCCAAUUGAAUUGGACCUAACCAGCACCCGGAAGGUACCCAUCGAACGUGGAACUUGCGCCAUCAUCAGCAACUGGUCCCUACAUCGCGACCCUAACUUCUACGAGGAUCCCCUCAAGUUCAAUCCGGAUCGGUUUGCUCCGGAGAAGGGAGGUAUCUUUCCGUAUCGGGAGAAGGGGUGCUACAUGCCGUUUGGGGACGGACCACGGCAGUGCCUGGGUAUGCGUUUCGGUCGUAUGCAGGUCAAAAGAGGUAUCUACGAGGUAAUAAGCAACUUUGAAAUAUCGGUUGCCUCUCGUACUAGUGAUCCUUUGAAAAUCGUUUCGUCGCCGGCUAUUUCGCUGGGAUUGAGCGGGAUUUGGUUGAGCUUCAAGCCGAUUAGGUUAUAGCUAGGAAAUAUAGUACAGUUCAUGAUGUUUUGUAGUUUUGA